GGGGCGGAACGCCGCCCGGCCGCGGGUCGGGCCUUGUGACAGCACCGUGGUGGGUCCUCCGGCGGAACAUGGCGGGCUUUGCAGCCCGGCGAGCCCUGGCCGUGGGCAGCCGCUGGUGGUCCCGGUCUCUGACCAGGGCCCGGGAGCCGAGACUGCUUUGUGCGGCGGGUGGAGCCGGGUUCUUCCCCUUAGCGGCGACCACGACGACGCGGAGGCACUUCUCAUCCCGAAACCGAGCAGAGGGCAAAGUUUUGGAGACAGUUGGUGUAUUUGAGGUGCCAAAACAGAAUGGAAAAUACGAGACUGGUCAGCUUUUCCUUCAUAGUGUUUUUGGCUACCGAGGCGUCGUCUUGUUUCCCUGGCAGGCGAGACUCUAUGACCGGGAUGUGGCUUCUACAACUCCAGAAAAAGCAGAGAACCCUGCUGGCCAUGGCUCUAAGGAGGUGAAAGGCAAAACUCACACUUACUAUCAGGUGCUGAUCGAUGCUCGAGACUGUCCACAUAUAUCUCAGAGAUCUCAGACAGAAGCUGUGACCUUCCUGGCCAACCACGAUGACAGUCGGGCCCUCUAUGCCAUCCCAGGCCUGGACUAUGUCAGCCAUGAAGACAUCCUCCCCUACACCUCCACUGAUCAGGUUCCCAUCCAGCAUGAGCUCUUCGAAAGAUUUCUUCUGUAUGACCAGACCAAAGCACCCCCUUUUGUGGCUCGGGAGACACUACGGGCCUGGCAGGAGAAGAAUCACCCCUGGCUGGAGCUCUCCGACGUUCACCGGGAAACAACCGAGAAUAUCCGUGUAACUGUCAUCCCCUUCUACAUGGGCAUGCGGGAAGCCCAGAAUUCCCACGUCUACUGGUGGCGCUACUGCAUCCGCUUGGAGAACCUGGACAGUGACGUGGUGCAGCUCCGGGAGCGGCACUGGAGGAUAUUCAGCCUGUCUGGCACCUUGGAGACUGUGCGGGGUCGCGGGGUCGUGGGCAGGGAGCCAGUAUUAUCCAAGGAGCAGCCUGCGUUCCAGUACAGCAGCCAUGUCUCCCUGCAAGCUUCCAGUGGGCACAUGUGGGGCACAUUCCGCUUUGAGAGGCCUGAUGGCUCCCACUUUGAUGUCCGGAUCCCUCCUUUCUCUCUGGAAAGCAAUAAAGAUGAGAAGACACCCCCCUCAGGCCUUCACUGGUAGGCCAGCUGAGGCCCUGCAUGCCCUGGCUCGGCCCCUCUGAAGGAGAGCUCUCAUCCCAUAAUUGCUACAGAACUCGUCUCUCUCCCCGUCAUGGGCCACAGUGGGUCUCUUAAUCAUGUGCCCCAUUUGUGGUUUCUUCUGGAGGAGGGGAGACCAUGUAGGACUUCUCUAAGGCUGUCUUCCCGGUAAGCUCUGCCUACACUGUGUUCCAGCAAACUUUUCCACCAGGAACUUUUGUGCUCAGCUGCUGCAGGCCUGGAGGAGUUUCCUAGCCUAUCACACAAGUUGUUUGGAAUGUGAGGUUUGGUCAAAUAAACCAGUGCAUGCCUCUCCA